UCAUUAACUUUGAAACCGUCUUGGUAAUAAGAUCGUACUGAAUUGUACCUAAUUUUGUUUUGGAAAAAUGUCUGUGUUACGACAAGCUGUGUUUGCAUCUUUGGUUUGCAUUCUCUGCAUGAACGUUGGGUACAUUUACUCCUGGCCGUCUUCAACACUUCGACUGUUCGCUUCAACCAAUACCACACUUAACCGACCAAUGACGGAAACAGAGCAGGCACUCUUUGGAAGUCUGUCGUCUAUAGCGUCUUUGAUAAGCACUCCAUUUGCUGGUUUCCUCUUGGAUACUCUGGGAAGGAAGUAUUCGUGUAUUUUGUUCGCGAUUCCGCAGAUUAUCGGCUGGAUAAUUGUAUCAACAUGCUACACCGUGGAAGGUAUCCUAGCUGCCAUGUUUAUAUCAGGUUUAGGAGGCUGUAUUUUUAUCAUAGCUCCGGUAUUUAUCUGUGAAUUUUGUCAAGAAACAAUCAGAGGCAUGAUGACUACAGGAGUAAUAGUUUACUAUGGAAUUGGCAUGCUAUUAUCCUACCUUUUGGGAGGUUCUUUGGAAUAUAACAUGUUGAACUAUACUUGUUUAAGUUUGACUACUCUGGGGUGUAGUCUGGCUUGGUUUUUGAAGGAAUCACCUAUUGUUUUGAUGAGAAGAGGCUUAGAGAAGGAAGCAGCGGAAUCUAUUUCUUAUUAUAGAGGUGUGAAAAUCAAUUCUAAAGAGGUAAUGCAAGAAAUCGACACAAUACGAAAAGCUUUAAACCCAGAUUUAGAGGUAGAACAUGUUCCAGAUGAAGCGACUGACGAGGAUGUAUUAAAAGUGCCAGUGAAACCCGAAAAACUGAACUUCUGGCAGUUUUUUAAAAAAUCUCAAUCAACGCGACGUGCCUUACUACUAUGUUUGGUUUUAUACACAGCAUCUAUAUUCCAAGGUUUAGUAGUUGUCCAGGUGUACGCCCAGCCGUUAUUCGAAGAAGCAGUACCAAAUGUGUCCACAACCUUAUCUAGUGUUAUUUUUGCGAUUGUGCUGAUCGUUUCUGGGUGUAUCGCAGCUUUCUUCAUAGACAAGGCGGGAAGACGGCCCCUCAUUAUCUAUUCUUCAAUAACAGCCGGCAUCUGCUGCGCGGUACUAGGAACGCAGAUCCAAUACCACUGGGGACCGCACUGGGUGUCCGCUAUCCUACUCUAUUCGUAUUGCAUCGCGUACUCGCUUGGCGCUGGCACGGUGCCCUACGUUAUAGUAGCGGAGGUGUUCUUACCUGAGAUAAAAAGCAUCGUGUCUGUGAUCACAGUGGAAUGGGCAUGGACUUGCAAUUUCAUUAUCCUCUUCAUUUUCAAUCCUCUGGUCACAACACUGGGUCUUGGAGGAAUCUUCUAUAUAUUUGCUGUUGUCUGCUUCUUAACAGCUGUAUAUUGUGUAUUCUAUUUGCCAGAAACUAAAGGACUGACUGUAGAUGUAAUACAGACUCGGUUUGUUAAGAAAAUAAAUACAGGUGAUGCGUAGUUUUUUUGCGAAAAAUAUUUUUUAUUAUUUGACCAUACUCGACAUACUUAUAGUCCUAUAUUACUUGCUCUGUGCUUAUAGUCGACAACGGACAAACAUACAUGCACAGCGUACCUACAUGUAAAUUUUAUGAAAUUAUAAAAAGUUGGAUUUGGUCAAAUCCUGAAAAAGUGAUUUGAACAAAAAUAUCGCCUUUAUCUCUUCCCUGUGUCACGUAUACGGAAAAGUAAUUUAUUUAAUUUUAAUUUUAUAUAAUAUAUUACCUACUUAUAACUACCCUUAAUCAAUGAUAAAUAAUAAUUA